AUGGGCAACGCGGCCGGGGGCAUGGAGGGGGGGGCUGCGGGGCGGGAGAACCGCGACACCCGGCUCCCGGUCCCCCCGCCGAGCGCCGCCGCCGCCCCGCCGCCCGCCCGGCAGCCCAUGCCCGCCGCCGCCGAGCUGGAGGAGCGCUUCGGCCGCGUCCUGAACUCCAUGAACCUGCCCCCAGACAAGAUGAAGCUGCUCAACCAGUACGACAACGAGAAGAAGUGGGAGCUCAUCUGCGACCAGGAGCGUUUCCAGGUGAAAAACCCACCAUCAGCCUACAUCCAGAAGCUGAAGAGCUACUUGGACACAGGUGGCGUAAGCAGGAAGUUCAAGAGGCGAGUGCAGGAGUCGACGCAGGUGCUCCGGGAGCUGGAGAUUUCCUUGAGGACCAACUACAUCGGCUGGGUCCAGGAGUUCCUCAACGAAGAGAACAAGGGGCUGGAUGUGCUGCUGGAGUAUCUUGCCUUCGCCCAGUGCUCCGUCACGUAUGACAUGGAGAGCGCCGAGAACGGCAGCCCAGGCUCCGACAAGGGCAAGGGCCUGGAGCGGUCGCUGGAGGACCUGAGCAAAAGCAACUCCUCGUCCCCCACCCAAGGCUCCUCCAAAGUGCGGCACCUCACCGUCAGGCUGAACCCCUCGCACAGCAGGAAGGCGCUGAGGAACUCCCGUCUCGUCAGCCAGAAGGACGACGUCCACGUCUGCAUCAUGUGUCUCCGCGCCAUCAUGAACUACCAGUCUGGCUUCAGCCUGGUGAUGAACCACCCAGCCUGCGUCAAUGAGAUCACCCUGAGCCUCAACAACAAGAACGCCAGGACCAAGGCACUGGUGCUGGAGCUGCUGGCUGCCGUCUGCCUGGUCCGAGGUGGCCACGACAUCAUCCUGGCCGCCUUCGACAACUUCAAGGAGGUCUGCGGGGAGAAGAACCGCUUCGAGAAGCUGAUGGAGUAUUUCCGAAACGAGGACAGCAACAUCGACUUCAUGGUGGCCUGCAUGCAGUUCAUCAACAUCGUGGUGCACUCGGUGGAGAACAUGAACUUCCGCGUCUUCCUGCAGUACGAGUUCACCCACCUGGGGCUGGACCAGUACCUGGAGAGCCUCCGUCUCACCGAGAGCGACAAGCUGCAGGUGCAGAUCCAAGCCUACCUGGACAACGUCUUUGAUGUGGGGGCCAUGCUGGAGGACUCGGAGACCAAGACGGCCGUGCUGGAGCACAUGGAGGAGCUGCAGGAGCACAUCAGCCAGUUGACAGAGAAGCUGCAGGAUGCGGAGAACGACUCCAUGGCCAAGAUAGCGGAGCUGGAGAAGCAGCUGAGCCAGGCGCGGCGGGAGCUGGAGGCGCUGCGGGAGCAGCUGAGCCCACCGCGGCCGCCCAGCCCGCCGGCCCCGCAGCCCCAGGAGUGCUACCGGCUGGCGCUGGAGCGGCGGCUGGCAGAGCUGGAGGAGAAGGGGUUGGUGCAGAUCCUGCGUGGGCCCGAUGGAGACGUUGCCAUCGAAAUCGUCCCCGUUGUCAUAGAAACCCCGGCAGCCCCCAUGGUUACCGGAGAGGCCACCGUCACUGGCACCGCCACCAAUGCUCUGGCUCCGGCUCCAGCCCCAUCUCCCCCACCAGCACCCGCCGCACCCCUGGCCCCCCCCCCUCCACCCCCGCCUCCGCUGCCGGGGGCUGAGCCCGGUCCCCCGCUGCCCCCUGCACCCCCACUGCCCGCAGGCCGGCCCCCCCCAGCCCCUCCACUCCCAGGCGCCCAAGUCCCACCACCCCCCCCCCUGCCCCUGGGGGGGCCGGAGGCCUGUCCCCCCCCUCCACCACCCCCACCCCUCGGUGGGGAGCUCCCAGCCGGGCCGGGUGCCCCCCACACUGCUGGUGGUUCAGUGAAGGUGAAGAAGCCGAUCCAGACCAAGUUCCGCAUGCCUGUCUUCAACUGGGUGGCACUGAAGCCGAGCCAGAUCGAUGGCACCGUCUUCACCGAGCUCAACGACGAGAAGGUGCUGCAGGAGCUGGACAUGAGUGACUUUGAGGAGCAGUUCAAGACCAAGGCACAGGGCCCUGGCUUGGACAUCAGUGCCCUCAAGGUGAAGGCCACGCAGAAGGCUCCCAGCAAGGUCACCCUCAUGGAGUCCAACCGAGCCAAGAACCUGGCCAUCACCCUCCGCAAGGGCGGCCGCAGCAUCCAGGACAUCUGCACAGCCAUCGAGACGUAUGACCAGCAAGCCCUGAGCCUCGACUUUCUGGAGCUGCUGCUGCGCUUCCUGCCCACCGAGUACGAGCGGACGCUCAUCGGGAAGUUCGAGCGGGAGCAGCAGCCGCUGGAGGAGCUCUCGGACGAGGACCAGUUCAUGAUCCGCUUCAGCAAGAUCCCGCGCCUGGCUGAGCGCAUGAAUGUCAUGAUCUUCCUGGGCAACUUCAAUGACACGGCCCAGCUGCUCAUGCCGCAACUCAACGCCAUCAUCGCCGCCUCCAUGUCCCUCAAGUCCUCCAGCAAACUGCGCAACAUCCUCGAGAUCGUCCUGGCCUUCGGGAACUACAUGAACAGCAGCAAGCGCGGGGCAGCCUACGGCUUCCGGCUGCAGAGCCUCGACGCGCUCCUGGAGAUGAAGUCGACGGACCGCAAGCAAACGCUGCUGCAUUACCUCGUGCGGGUGAUCAUGGAGAAGUACCCCGAGCUGACCGGCUUCCACACCGAGCUGCACUUCCUUGACAAGGCGGGCACAGUCUCCCUGGACAGCGUGUUGCAGGACGUGCGGAGCCUGCAGCAGGGGAUGGAGCUGACCCGCAAGGAGUUCAUGCGGCAGGACGACAGCCUCGUGCUCAAGGAAUUCCUCAAGGUCAACUUGGAGGUGAUGGAGAAGCUGCAGGCUGACAGCAAAACCGCCAAGGAGGCAUACGAGUCGGCUGUGGAGUACUUCGGAGAGAACCCCAAGACCAGUCCCCCCACCACCUUCUUCCCCAUGUUCAUGCGCUUCAUCAGAGCCUACAAGAAAGCAGAGCAGGACAUCGAGCUGUGGAAGAAACAAGAGGCCGCGGCCAAAGAGGCAGAAAGCGAGGACCAGCCUGAGGUGAAGUUGCCCAUCCAGAAAGCCAAGCGGCAGCAGAUGGACAUGAUCGCCGAGCUGAAGAAGAAGCAGAUGGUGAAGGAGCCGCUCAUCUACGAAGGAAAAGACGGGGCCAUCGAGGAUAUUAUUUCAGAUCUGCGGAACAACCCUUACCGGCGCGCAGACAAGGGCCGCGGCAGCGCCAAGAAACGGGCUACAGGGCAGAGCCUGCAGGCGACGCCGGACAUCUCGCUGUGACCGGCGCCGUCCCUGCAGCUGCCAGGACCGGGGCAGGACCAUCCUCCCAAUGCAGAUGGGACCGCAGGACGUCAGCCCCUCAGCCUGGGACGACGCGGGGCGGAGGGACAGUGCCCGCUCCUAGCUGCUCCAGCCGCUUCGCGUGCCAGCUCCCACCCUGCAUGCCCUUGGGUCUGGCGCAGGGAUCCCCCGGCGCUUGCUUAGCAAUGCCUCUGAGCUUCUCUCCUCCAGGC